AUGUGGCAGUUCAUAAGGUCACGAAUACUUACGGUGAUAAUCUUCAUAGGAGCUGCUCACGGAAUACUGGUUGUGGGCCCCAAAUUCAUUCGGGCCAACCAGGAUUACACGGUUGUGAUCAGUAACUUCAACUCGAAUGUGAGCAAAGUGGACCUGAUGCUACGGAUGGAAGGCCGAUCCAACGAUGACAGAAGUGUGCUGAAUUUAACGAAGACGGUUGAUGUGCGACGAAACAUGAACAGGAUGAUCUCCUUCAAUAUGCCUGCGGACUUAGUAGCUGGGAAUUACAAAAUCAUCGUCGACGGGCAACGUGGCUUUAGCUUUCAUAAGGAUGCCGAGUUGGUACACCUUAGCAAAACCAUAACCGGUUUAAUACAGAUCGAUAAGCCCGUGUACAAACCGGGCGAUACGGUAAAAUUUCGUGUGAUUGUGCUGGACUCUGAGCUGAAGCCUCCUGCACGGGUAAAAUCAAUUCAGGUGACAAUCCGUGAUCCUCAAACAAAUGAGAUCCGAAAGUGGUCGACGGCCAAACUGUACGCCGGAGUGUUCGAGGGUGAUCUUCAGAUCGCGCCUACUCCAAUGCUCGGAAUAUGGAACAUCUCGGUAAAGUUGGACGGAGAAGAACUCGUAUCAAAAACGUUCGAGGUGAAGGAGUACGUGUUGUCCUCUUUUGACGUAGACGUAGUACCGUCUGCUGUUCCGCUUGAAGACGAUCGCGGCUUGAUUCUCACGAUAACAGCUAACUACCACUUUGGCAAACCGGUAAAGGGAUUAGUCAAGGUGGAGUUGUAUUUGGAGGAUGAUAGGCUGGACCAGAAGAAAGAGUUCGAAAUGUUCGGAAUGGGACAGGUGGAGUUGAGAUUCGUCGGCGAAUUGGUGGUGCACGAGUUUCACCAAGAUGUGCUCGUAAAGACGACCUUCAUCGAGCAGCAUACAAAUCGAACUGUCGUGAAACAAUCUGGCAUCACAGUGUACAAAUACAAGUACGGUGUGGAAUUGAUUAAAGAAAGUCCACAAUUUCGCUCAGGACUUCCAUUUAAGUGUGCGCUUCAGUUCCGAUACCACGACGGAACACCUGCUAAAGGCAUCACCGGGAAGGUGGAAGUAAUGGAAAUCGGUUACGAAACAACUGCCACUAGUGACGACGAGGGUUUGAUCAAACUAGAGCUCAAUCCAAGUGACAAUGUAGACGACAUGAACAUUUAUUUUUCGGACGAUGAUAUCGGAUUUUUCUUCGAAGAAAGAGUGGAAAAAGUGGACGUCGUGACGAAUGCGUACCUCAAAUUGGAACUCAAGUCUCCUGUUAAAUUGAAUCGAAUGUUGCGAUUCACGGUAACAUGCAACGAACGCAUGUCAUUCUUCGUGUUCUACGUAGUGUCGAAAGGCAAUAUCAUUGAUUCCGGUUACAUGAGACCGAACAAGCAGAACAGAUAUUCCUUAAAUUUGAACGCCACCGAGAAUAUGAUACCAAAGGCGAAACUUAUCGUAGCGACUGUAGCAAGCCAUAUAGUGGUGUAUGACGUUGUGGAUAUAAGUUUCGAAGAUUUUCGUAACAAUUUUGAUUUGCGCAUAGAUGAGGUAGAAAUUAAACCGGGUGGACAAAUCGAGCUCCAAAUGUCUGGACGACCAAGAGCGUACGUAGGAUUGGCGGCCUACGAUAAAGCUUUACUCUACUACAACAAGAAACACGAUCUGUUCUGGGAGGAUGUUAUGCGCGAGUUUGAUGGAUUUCAUAAGAUCGAUGAAAACGAGUUUGACAAGUUUCAUAGUAUGGGACUGUUUGGUAUGACGUUAGCUGGUAUCCAGUUUGAAGGGGCCAAUGACAAGUCGGCACGUGAUGGUCUACAGGCAAAAAAUCCCAUCACCAGACUGGUCCCGUACAGGACAAACUUUCUAGAAUCGUGGUUAUGGCAGAAUGUGACGAUUGGAAGUUCUGGGAAUCGCAAUAUGAUCGAAACCGUGCCAGAUACGACCACCACUUGGUACUUGACGGGAUUCUCUAUUGAUCCGGUGCACGGCUUUGGUAUUAUUAAAAAGCCUAUCGAGUUCACAACGGUUCAACCGUUCUACAUCGUGGAGAGUCUACCGUACUCCAUCAAACGAGAAGAAGCGGUCGUGUUGCAGUUUACAUUAUUUAACAAUCUUGGAGGAGAGUACAUCGCGGACGUGACACUAUUCAAUGUGGCCAAUCAGACGGAGUUCGUAGGACGACCUGUUGAAGAUCUAAACUACACCAAAUCCGUAAACGUUCCUCCGAAGGUUGGUGUACCGGUCUCAUUUCUGGUAAAGGCACGAAAGCUCGGAGAGAUGGCGGUUCGCGUGAAGGCCUCCAUUAUGCUUGGAUAUGAAGCGGACGCACUGGAGAAGGUGAUCCGAGUUAUGCCAGAAAGUUUGGUACAGCCAAAAAUGGAUUCCCGGUUCUUCUGCUUUGAUUCAUACACCAAUCAAACGUUCUCCAUGAAUUUGGACUUCAAUAAGAAGGCAGACAAUGGUUCUAAAAAGAUCGAGUUCCGUCUGACUCCCAAUCUGCUUACCACUGUAAUCGACAACUUAGACAAUCUGCUUGCCGUGCCCUCUGGUUGUGGAGAGCAAAAUAUGGUAAAGUUCGUACCGAACAUCGUUGUGCUCGACUACUUGCAUGCUAUUGGCUCGAAGGAACAGAGUCUGCUCGAUAAAGCUACAAAUCUGCUGCGCCUAGGCUAUCAAAAUCAGAUGCGCUAUCGUCAGACUGACGGUUCGUUUGGUGUGUGGCAAAAUGGUGGCAGCGUGUUUCUUACCGCCUUCGUUGCAAAGUCAAUGCAAACGGCGUCGAAGUACAUCGAUGUGGAUACGGCUAUGGUCGAGAAGGCAUACGAUUGGCUUGCUUCGAAGCAACACAGCUCGGGAAGGUUCGAUGAGGUCGGGUCCGUCAUUCACAAAGAUAUGCAAGGCGGUUUGCGUAACGGCAUUGCAUUGACAUCUUACGUACUGACAGCGCUUCUAGAACAUGAGAACCCUAAAGUGAAGCACGCGGUUGUGAUUCAAAGGGCAAUGAGCUAUUUAAGCGGGCAGGUGAAAUACAUAGAACAUCCCUACGAUCUGUCCAUAGCGACCUAUGCGUUGAUGUUGAAUGGGCACAGCAUGAAAGAUGAAGCAUUUAAAAAGCUCUUAGACAAGUCUACUGCCACGAAUAACGGCACGGAACGGUACUGGAACACGGCAAAUAGCAUCGAGGCUACCGCUUAUGCUUUGCUGUCUUUUGUCAUGGCGGAAAAGUAUUUGGACGGUAUACCGGUGAUGCGCUGGUUGGUGAACCAACGCUACGUUACCGGAAGCUUCCCGCGCACUCAAGACACCUUCGUGGGACUGAAGGCACUGACCAAGUUGGCGGAAAAAAUCUCCCCCUCACGAAACGACUACACCAUACAGCUGAAAUUUAAGAAGACUACGCGAUAUUUCCCAGUUUCCUCGCAAGACAUCAAUGCGACUAAUUUCGUGGAUAUACCGGCGGACACAAAGUCGAUGGAGAUCAACGUUGGCGGAAUCGGGUUCGGCAUGCUGCAAGUGAUCUAUCAGUACAGUUUGAAUCUUGUGAAUUUCGAGAAGGGCUUCCAGCUAGAUCUUGAGAAACAGAACACGGGCUCCGACUACGAACUUCGCCUGAAGGUGUGCGCCAACUUUAAACCGAAAGUGAGCGAUAGUCGUUCGAACAUGGCACUGGUGGAGGUUAACUUUCCCAGCGGGUACGUUGUCGAUCGGAAUCCGAUCAGUGAACAGACUACCGUGAAUCCGAUUGAGAACAUCGAGAUUAGAUACGGCGGUACAUCCGUUGUCGUGUAUUACAACAACAUGGGCAUCGAACGGAACUGCUUCACCGUGACGGCUUACAGACGGUUCAAGGUGGCGCUGAAGCGGGCAGCAUACGUUGUUGUGUACGAAUAUUACGGUUCAAAUUUGAAUGCGAUCCAAUUGUACGAAGUAGACAAGCAGGAGAUUUGUGACAUCUGUGACAAAGGUGAUUGCCCAAACGAAUGCCAAAAACAGUAAUUUGUCUGUUUUUACUUGAAACGAACCAAUAAAAUGCUCCGCGGAAGAAUCCAUCACUUUGGCAACUU